AUGGGUGACGACAAAUACCAAAGACUUGGUGAUAAGUCGACAACAGUGAACGAGUAUAGAAAUUGGGCUUCGUUUGUAAAGCUACAAUUGGAAGACCUCAACUUAUGGGAUAUUGUCGUUGGAACGACAUUGAAGCCUGUCAGGGGUGACGUAGCUCAUCGUGGUGUUACCGUGGAUUCAACUCCGGCUGUACCAGUAGUUCCAAUAGGAGGAGAGGCUAUAGCAGGGCCAGCUGCAACCAUAGGUGCAAAUGUGGAGGACUAUGCUGAACGACUUGCUGCUUGGAUUAGGAAUGAUAGAACAGCGAGAAUGUUCAUUCUGAAGAAUGUCAAUCAAAAGUCCGAGAUUUAUUCUAGUAUUCGGGAUGGGAAGGAUGCUUUUACAAUAUGGUUGACAAUUGAAGUACAGUAUGUACCUCAAAACAAAGGAAGAUUGUUUACCAUUUGGAGUGAAUUGAUUCGCACCAAACAGGACCAGCAAUCGGUAGUAAAGUACUCCAAUAGCAUCCGUAGUUUAGUGACUGACUUAAAUGAUGUCUUUGCCACUAUGGCCCUUGAAGACGGUGAAGAAUGGAAUAAUUGGUGGCUGAAAAAGACUAUGGCUGUGACAUUCUUGUUUGGUUUGGAUGAUGAGUCAUUUGACCAUUUCAAGUCUGGUCAAACUACUCAAGACGAUAGAGAAUGGGACUUCGAUAAACUUGUGGCCGCAGCUCAGAACUAUGAAAGUCUCUAUGCAGCAAAGAAGAGUCAGACAAAUGAAGAAGAUGCUAGUGCUCUGGCGUCGAGCUCAAACUAUAGAGGUGCUUACCGUGCUCGUGCUAGAGCCAGCAACCGAGGUCGUGGUGGUGGUGGAGAUCCAGCCAGAAGGCCAUAUACGGGAAACUGUUUUGCUUGUGGAAAGCAGGGUCACAAAGCUUAUCAAUGUAGGGAGAAGGUAGUAGAUGAGGCCGCGACAGCUGCGGAAGGGAGUGAUAGUGAUGUAUCGGCAGCGUAUAUGAGUACUGAAGUAAAUCCAGGUGAAAGUCUCUGGAUUGUAGACUCUGGUUGCACCAACCACAUGACCGGCACUAUAGAUUUGUUGAAGAAUGUCAAAUCCUUGUUGACUCCAAAGAUGAUUAAAGGUAUUGGAAAUACAGUACUUACUGCAACAAAAUACGGUGUAUUGGAAGGCUGUAUUAUUCUGGACGACAACAAUAGUACAGGUUCAACAAUCAACAACGUUUGGUAUGUAGAAAACUUGGGUCGUAAUCUACUAUCAGCUAGACAGUUAGCUCUUGAUAGUGGAGAGGACGUAAAGUUUAGCAGAAACAAGGUCACUUUGACAACUGCCAAAGAUGCGUCUCCAAUCACAAUUAUGAUGAAAACAGCAUUGUCGAUAUACUCUCCCGCUGCCACAUCAUCAGGAAUGCAUGGGGUCGAUUCUCCUACUUCCACAUUUAAAUCACAUAUUCGGCAGGACUGGGGAUCACCUAGAUCAUCUUCAGCGUGGGAGGGUGUUGCAGUUUGGAAGCUAAGAUGCAGCAAGAAACAACAGUCUCGAGCUUUGUAUCCAGGAGAUGUCAUCCACUCUGAUGUAUUCUUUAUGUCUAAGGCAUCAUACGGUGGUAGAACUAUGGGUGUGACAUUUAUUGAUGACUGUACUAGGUUUGCUUGGGUAUAUCCUCUAAAGAAGAAGUCAGAUGUGUUUGAAGUGAUUAAAGAUUUCUUCCAACUGUUUGAAACACAAUUUGGCAAAAAGAUCAAGAAGCUGCAUACUGAUAAUGGUGGAGAGUACAUAAACGAGAAGAUGAAGACUUACAUGAAGAAAAAGGGAUUGGUUCACUGGGUCACGACUCCGCAUACUCCUCAGCAAAAUGGUGUAGCUGAGAGAUUCAACAAGACAUUGGGGGGAAUGACCAGAUCAUUGCUAUUCGAGGCAAAGCUAGCACCAGUGUGGUGGGCUGAGGCGAUCAGAACAGCAGUGUAUCUCAACAACAGAUUGGCCACGAAAGCACUCAGCAACAAGACACCAUAUGAAGCAUUAUAUAACAAAAAGCCAGAUGUCAGUCAUGUACGAGUGUUUGGAUGCGUAGCAUUCAGACACAUACCAGGUGAGCUUCGUAAGAAGCUUGAUAAGAGAGCAGCUCGAGGUAUUUUUAUGGGAUACGAUGGUGAUGAUGCUAACCAAGAGUUCAAAGGCUACCGCUUUUGGGAUCCAGUCUGUUGA